AUGCUGAACUCCUCCUCCUCGUCAUCAUCAUCGCCGUCGUCUCACAGAGCGCAUCUGCUGCAGAGCGUUAUGAGUUUACACGGAUACACUGAAACUUAGCUUUUUCUCACUGCUCACGGAAUAUCCUUCAGACAUAAAUGAAGGAUAACUGAGUCCAAGACAACCUCGUUAUAACAGUCGCUUUGUCACCGUCGGUUUCCUUUAACCGUGUGCACAAUGGGAUUGCGCGUGUUUGGCACACUGCUUUACGCAUACUCCUGGGUCUAUUUACUUGUUUUCAUCCUGCAGGCUGCUCAGUCUCAAAGGAAUCCGGGAACACAGCAAGGGAAUGACCAAAGAGGAGCCCUCCGGCAGACGCUACAGUGGUCACACAACGGCAAGAUAUUUAGCAUUCUAAGCCAAGGGUCUGAGUAUCAGCCGGCCAGACGUAGGGGCGCAACGCAGGAGCAAGUGCAAGUGCGACCUGUCACAAUCAUCCGGGAUGCGGACACCCAGAGACAACCGGUGGCCCAGCAGCAGCCUCCCCGUCCGGCCUCCAACCCGCAGGGCCAGCGCAGCCUCCCGCUACCGAUCCAGAGGCUCGUGAGAGGCCAGGAACACCGCCAGCAUCACCAAGCGCGUCCCGGUGAGCGCACAGGGACGCAGAGGAGCCGGAGAGUAAAUGAUACCCAAGAGCAGGUCGAUGUCAGGAGAGAAGACAUGAUGGUGGGAGACGAUCCAUACGAUCCCUACAAGUCCAUUGACACCGAUAAUCCAUAUUAUAAUUACUAUGACGUUUACGAGAGACCGAGGGAGAGAGCGAGACCCGGAUAUGGCACAAGGUAUCAUCAGUACGGUCUCCCUGAUCUGGUUCCUGACCCAUACUACAUCCAAGCCUCGGCCUACGUCCAGAGAGUCCCGAUGUACAACCUGAGAUGUGCGGCUGAAGAAAAUUGUUUGUCAAGUUCCUCCUAUAGAGCACGAGACUACGAUAGCCGCAUGCUGCUGAGGUUUCCUCAGAAAGUCAAGAACCAGGGCACCGCAGACUUCCUCCCCAACAGGCCACGUUACUCCUGGGAGUGGCACAGCUGUCACCAGCACUACCACAGCAUGGAUGAGUUCAGCCACUACGAUCUGCUGGAUGCCACCACUCAUCGGUCAGUGGCAGAGGGCCACAAGGCCAGCUUCUGCUUGGAGGACACUUCCUGUGACUAUGGAUACUACAGGCGAUAUGCCUGCACUUCACAUACUCAGGGCCUGAGCCCGGGAUGUUAUGAUACCUACAACGCAGACAUCGACUGCCAGUGGAUUGACAUCACAGAUGUGAAACCUGGCAACUAUGUCCUGAAGAUCAGUGUAAAUCCUUACUACCAGGUUCCAGAAUCGGACUACAGCAACAAUAUUGUGCGCUGUGAUGUUCGCUACACGGGCAACUAUGCCUACGUGUCAGGUUGUCACAUGUCAACAUAUUAAAGAACGACAGUUAUCCACAGCGGCUCAGCGGACACACUGUGUAAAUGACAAAGAAGAGGACUGCACAUGAAGGCAUAUAAAGCAACUUAGAUUU